UGACCGGUCCACGUGGAUCUAGGUCGCAGUAGGACCAGACCCACCCCUUGCGCGUGGGGGAGGGAGAGCCGCAGCAAGGUUCCCCUUUUUCUUCAGCUCAGAGCGUUGAGAAGUGAUUGCUCAAAGGUGGGGGCCGGAAGAACCCAGGUUUCCGCGUCUCCUGCCCGCUAGCUUGGUGGGGAGGGGCCAGACGAGACUCCCGACCUGCCACCUUACCCACCCUUCGAGUUGGGUCCGCUAGCAGUUGGCCCGGUGAGCCAUAAGGGUGAAUGCUGCAUCCUCGGCCCCAUCUGAGCGGGGACUCCGUGAGCCUUUCUACCUCGUGCCCGGGAGUACGUCUUGCUGUCUGACUUAAAUCCCUACUGCUUUAGAGCACGCCCCUUCGGCAGCCAGGGUGGGGCCCAGUCCGAACCUGGCCCUCCCGCCCCCAUCUGCCUUUAGGUCGCUGAUCUGCCAGGAUCCUAUGCUGCAGUGAGGGUCCAGAGCUGGCACCACAGAAUCUGGGCAACCCCCUCCACUCACCCAUGCCCACCCCACAUGAGGCUGAGAAACAGCACACAGGGCCAGAGGAGGCAGACAGGCCUCCCUCGAUGUCCAGCCAUGACGCAGCCCCCUCAGGACCUCCCAGUCGCAAUCCCUGCUGCUUAUGCUGGUGCUGCUGCUGUAGCUGCUCCUGGAACCAAGAACGGCAACGAGCUUGGCAGGUUUCUCGGGAAAGCAAGCUGCAACCCCUCCCCAGCUGUGAAGUCUGCACUCCACCAAGCCCUAAGGAAGUACAGAGCUGGGCACAGUCCUUUGACAAGUUGAUGCAUAGCCCCACGGGCCGCAGUGUAUUCCGGGCAUUCCUGCGCACAGAAUACAGCGAAGAGAACAUGCUCUUCUGGCUGGCUUGUGAGGAGUUGAAAGCAGAGGCCAACCAACAUGUGGUGGACGAGAAGGCGCGACUUAUCUAUGAGGACUACGUGUCCAUCCUGUCCCCCAAGGAGGUAAGCCUGGACUCCCGUGUGCGAGAAGGCAUCAAUAGGAAGAUGCAAGAGCCAUCGCCACACACAUUUGAUGAUGCACAGCUGCAGAUCUACACCCUCAUGCACCGGGACUCGUACCCUCGAUUCCUUACCUCCCCCACCUACCGCUCUCUAUUACUCCAGGGGGCCCCACAGUCCUCUGAGGCCUAGGUCAUUUGUCACACAGAUCUUCUACUCCCAUGGGCAGCCUAGGGGCUGGCCCUGUCCAACUUGGCUGGAAAUAGACUCAGUCCCAGUGGCAACUGCAGGGUUCUAAGCUGUCCUACCCUGCUCCUACUGCCCAGGAAAUGUUCUCAUGGAGAACAACACCCUUUAGGCCCACAGGUUUAUAGCAGGAGAACUGUUACUCCCUGAGAACCAGAUGUAGGACCUCAGAGUCAGACUCAUAUAAAGAGCCCAUUUAUAUUUUAUAUAUUAAUUAACUUUAAAGUUGGAAAUAUGUCCUUACUGUUUUAUCAAAAAAGAGACCUUUCACAUUCAUGUGUACUCCUCUACAUUCCAAAGACAUGAAAUUGUAUUCUGUAUUUUUUAAAAACAGAAGCCUCUGUUUAUCCCACAACUGGGGUAGGAGGCUGAAGAAAAGGAUCACCUACCACACCUACAGUGUGCAGACUCUACAGUGUGCAGACUCUACAGUGUGCCACAGGUACUACUGCAGGCCCUGCUCAAGGUAUGACUCUAGGAACCAGCCUCAACUCUACAGUGUGUCAGCAUCCAACAAAGGCUUCAGAUGCAAGUAAAGAUUAUGGGAGCAAAGCUGUUGUUAUGGUCUUUCCAAAGAAACUAGUCACAGUGUCAUCUUAAUCUUACUGAUCCAAUAAAACCAAAGCACCUACUA